AGAUCUCUACGCAUGUGCUGGACUGACUGCUCAGAAUGCUGCUGUUGCUUCUGCCGCCGCUGCUGCUGCAAUGCUCCUUAACAAGCGGAGCCACUGAUCCCAUCUACAUGGUGACAGUCACUUCCCAGGUAGUGGGUGGCAGCACAGAGACUCUGUGUGCACAGAUAAAUGAGCCCAAAGAAACACUUUCUAUAGUGGUAACUUUGAGGACUGACAAUCUCAACCUGACCAUCCUACAACAGGGUUUCAUAACAAAGGAUUUCUACAAAUGUGUCCCUUUUAAGGUCCCUGUAGUCACUGAAGAGUCCGUUGCAUCCAUCAGUAUUGUAGUCAAAGGGGGCAAAACAUCUCUAAACAAAACCACUCAAAUCCUCGUAAUUCCCCCCAAAAAUCUUCUUUUCAUCCAAUCAGACAAGCCUAUCUACAAGCCUGGGCAAACAAUUAAAUUUCGCAUUGUGUCUCUGGAUUCCAAUUUCUUGCCUCGCAAACAAGUGUUUCGAACUGUAGAACUCCAGGACCCUUAUUCAAAUCACAUUGGGCAGUGGUUGAAUCAGACCACAAGGAUUGGCAUUUUGGAUCUGUCCCACUCUAUGUCUCCAGAAGCUACUCAGGGUUUAUACACGAUCACUGCUUGGGAUGAGAAGAACCAACAAAUAUCACACAGCUUUGAAAUUAAAGAAUAUGUUCUGCCAAAAUAUGAAGUGAACAUCAAUUUUCCCUCCAUUUUAACCAUCCAGGACAAAGAAGUCACUCUGAAAGUUUGUGCAAAAUACACUUAUGGCAAGCCUGUGCUGGGGUCUGUGAAUGCUGAAGUGUGUGGGCAGAGCUAUGGUUACUAUUGGAUGAGACCUUUCUCUGACAUGGUUAAUGUAUGCAAGGAAUAUUCAAUGAUGACUGACAAGACUGGCUGUGGGUCUCAGGUGGUAAAUGUGACAGAAUUUGGCUUGUCUUCAGGAGGAUCUUUCCAAGUGAAUAGUAAAGUUGAAGAGUUUGGAACAGGAAUAACUAUGGAGAGUUCUACCUCAGCUGUGUUUACCAGUGAAUAUGUCAAUGCAAACUUUGAGGACACGCCAGAUACAUACAGGCCAGGCAUGAUCUUAAAGGGAAAGGUUGUGGUCACUAAUUCACAGUCCAGCCCUAUGAAAAAUGAGCCAGUGAUUUUAUAUGCACAUUAUGGUGGUAAAAGUCUCAAUGUGACACUGACGACAGACAUCAAUGGCACUGCCCACUUCUCCUUUAAUACUUCAGAUUGGUCAGAAGAAACCGUGCAGUUACAGGUUAGAGGUGAAGAACGGACUGAUUUUGAGGCUUUUAGAUAUUAUCCAUCAGACUAUCUCUAUGUAAGACCAUUUCACUCCAAAAGCAAAAGUUUCCUGAUGUUGACGAAGGGUCCAGAGAAGCUCAGCUGUAAAAGUGAUGCAACAGUGAUGGCCAGUUACAUCAUUCAGGGCAGUGCGCUGAAAACAGGCCAGAAAACCUUGGAUUUCUUCUACAUUGUCUUGUCCAGAGGCAGCAUGGCUCGAAAUGGUCUUCUGUCUGUGAAUGUCUACACUGGAAGAGAAAACAAAGGUGAACUGACAUUCACACUAAAGAAGACAGCAGCUCUGACUCCAUAUGCUCAGGUGGUGAUUUACACAGUUCUUCCCAAUGGAGAAACAGUAGCAGACAGUACGAACUUCCCCAUUGAAGAAUGUUUGCCAAACAAGGUGUCCUUAAAAUUCUCAUCUCCCACCACACUACCUGGAGAGAGGACGUCUCUUAACCUGCAUGCCAGUCCUGGCUCCUUAUGCUCCGUGCGGGCCAUAGAUCAGAGUGUGCUGCUGUUAAGACCGGAGGCCGAGCUGGAUGCAGCCUCUGUCCUUGGAAUGUUACCAGUCCAGAUUUUGUCAGGUUACCCAUACAAUGUCGAGGAGUGGGAGCCUAACACCUGCCGACCUCCCUGGGAGAACCCCUUUGCUGAACCUGCGAGACGCAAGCGCUCCCACUUUUAUUACCCCUACUAUGACAACAGAAAUGAUGCCUACAACAUUUUUAGAGCAGUUGGAAUCAAAAUCGCUACCAACUCUGAUGUGAAAGCACCUGUUGAUUGUCGGCGUUAUAGCACAAUGGUUAUGGAGGACUCUGCUGUGGACAAUGGUGGGCUCUUGGGCUUUGCCGGGCCAGAGAUGGGGUUUGGUUCAAAUGUGGGAAAAGAUACACAGAAGAUCCGCAAAUUCUUUCCAGAAACCUGGAUAUGGGAUCUUAUACCUGUGGGGAGAUCCGGAUAUGUGGAUGUUGCAAAGAUUGUCCCGGAUACCAUCACUAAAUGGGCAGCAGGGGCUUUCUGCACAUCCCCUGUCGGGUUUGGAGUGGCCCCCAGGACUGAUCUCACUGCUUUCAAGCCCUUCUUUGUGAGCCUCGCCCUCCCUUACUCUGUAAUCCGUGAGGAGGCGUUCACGCUUAAAGCCACUGUAUUCAACUACCUCCCCAAAUGUAUCAUGGUGAAGGUCACGCUGGCAAACUCACCGCAGUUCACAGCUCAGUCGUGCAAAGGCUGCACUUACACCCAGUGUGUUUGCUCUGAAGAGAGCCAAACCUUCCAGUGGAUUGUUACACCCUUUGUCCUGGGAAAGGUGAACAUUACAGUACGCGCUGAGGCGGUGCAGAGCCGACAACUGUGUGGCGAUGAAGUGGUGACUUUGCCGGACAAAGGCAGAGUUGAUACUGUGAUGCAGAGCAUUCUGUUGGAGGCAGAGGGAUCCAAACAGUCAAUAACUCAGAAUGAACUCAUCUGCUUGGCAGACCGUCCACAGGAGACAUCAGUCUCUCUCACUUUACCCAAAGUCUUUGUCAAGGAUUCUGCAAAAAGCUUUGUCACUGUUCUGGGUGAUCUGAUGGGUCGUGCUCUGAGAAACAUCGCUGAUCUGUUGGCUAUGCCAUACGGCUGUGGAGAGCAGAACAUGCUGCUUUUUGCCCCAAAUAUCUACAUCCUUCAGUACCUGGAGAGCAGCAGGCAACUCACUCCUCAGAUUAAAGACCGAGCAAUAACCUUCCUGGAGAGUGGCUAUCAGAGAGAGCUGACAUACAGGCAUGAUGAUGGAUCUUACAGUGCUUUUGGGAGGACUGAUCCUUCUGGUAACACCUGGUUAACCGCAUUUGUGAUGAAGUCUCUCAGUGGGGCAAAGAAGUAUAUAUUUAUAGAUCAGGCCAACAUCGAUCAGGCAAAGGAUUGGCUGGGUCAACAACAGCAGAAGAACGGCUGCUUCGCCUCAGUGGGGAAACUCUUCAACAACAUGUUGAAGGGUGGUGUCAAUGAUGAAGUCACUCUCUCUGCAUACAUCACCGCAGCACUGCUUGAGUUAGGAGUUCAGAAGUCUGAUCCCAUUGUGGUGAAAAGCCUUGAAUGUCUUAUGGAGGCUUCCCAUAACAUUACCAACACUUAUGUGACCGCCUUGCUGUCCUACACAUUCACUCUUGCUGGAGAUGAACAGAUGAGACAGAACCUCCUCUCCAACCUGGACCGGCAGGCCAAGAGACAAGGUGUUGGACGAUACUGGACUCUGGAUAAUAAUGCGCAACCAUGGGGCUCUGUGGAGAUAGAGAUGAGUGCCUAUGUGUUACUGGCGCUGCUCUCGGGACCCACGCUCCCUGGAUUUGGACUGAACUACUCUGCUGGCAUAGUGCAUUGGUUAACCAAGAAGCAGAACGCGUAUGGAGGCUUCUCCUCUACACAGGAUACUGUAGUAGCACUCCAGGCCCUCGCUAAGUACAGUGCUGCCACCUACAAUCCAGAAGGAUCCAUUACCAUAACCGUGACCUCCCCCUCAGGCCAGAGGAACCAGUUCACUGUGAACCAGAACAACCGGCUGCUUUACCAGGAGAAACAGCUGCAGGAAGCUACUGGCAAAUACAAGCUGAGGGCAGAAGGCAAAGGCUGUGCGUUUGUGCAGUUUGCCUUGCACUAUAAUAUCCCACCUCCUCCAGACUCUUUGGCCUUCAAAAUCAGUGCAGAUUCUGGGGUUUGCAGCAACACAAAGAACACAGCUUUUACACUAACCACUAUUGUAAGGUAUAACGGCACACGAGCAGAGACCAACAUGGUGAUCAUUAACAUCAGGCUGCUGUCAGGGUUUAAGCCAGAUGAGACAUCUUUACAGGCUCUGAGAGAAGACCCCACCAUCAAACGUCUAGAUCUGGAUGGGGAUCAUGUCAUUUUCUAUUUGGAUAGUUUGAAAAAGAACGAGCUGAAGUCCAUCAGCCUGCAGCUCGUGCAGGAAGUACCGGUGCACAACCUGAAACCAGCUGUGGUGACCGUAUAUGACUACUACAAGACCAGUGAAUUGUCUGUGAUUGACUACACCUCCCCAUGUGCAUAAACACUACCGCGAUGAUAUGAAGUGUUAAUGGUUGAAGAAUUAUACACUGGAAUAUAUGGCAAGACAGAUAGUCUUCCAUCACUUUCUUUUAAUAAAAUCUUAUUGUUUUUCUUAAAUCAAAAUUUCUGCAUUAUGCAUUUUAG